AUGGCGUCUUCUCCGUGCGUGUCUCCUCCCUUCUCUCCUUCUCUUCGCUUCCUUCCUCCUGUCUUUCUCGUCGCCCUACCUCGCUUCUGUAUCGUUGCCUGUCUGCUCGCAGCCACCGGGCUCUCUCGCGCGCAGUCCUCUUGUGCGUUUCUGGCGCCGUCACUUCCCGCUGCGCUCUCUCCUUUGUUUCUUUCCGGCGUCUUUCCAACUCUCCUCCGGGCUGGGGCAGUCUUUGAAGAAUAUGCAGAGCUGGACGAGACAGGGGAGCAAAGCCACCAUCGUCGGAAACGCAUCGACCCUUCGCUUCCCCACUUCGAGGCCCGGUCGGCGGUGUCUGUGGGGGCCGACGGAGGCAAGUCGCUUUUCUCCUGGGACUCCUACCACUCGCGGGUGCUCACCUGCGAAGCCUGCCAGUGUCUGUCGCGUCUCGUGCUCGAGCGGCUGAACGGAAACGAAGAAGGAUCGCACACGGAGACAGGCAGCGAGGACGGCGCCAGGACGGGGACAGAGAGCGAGGGAGGAAAGGGGGGGAAACCGGAACAGGGAGAAGGAGAAAGACAGACUGCGCAGAACAGGAAGGAAGGCACGGACGAAUCACCGAGAAGAGAAAGACAAAGCGAAGCGGCCGCAGGCAAAGAAUCUGGACCAGCAAGCGAGCGGGAAAGAAGAGAAAGCGCAAAAAACCACAGAGGAGGCGGAGCUGAGGCAGGAGACCGCAACUCGACAGAAGUGAGAAAAGAGAGGACAAGAACGACACCAGAAGAGAAAGGAAAGCAGAGAAAGAAAAGCGACGACGCAUUGAACGGGCUAUCGCAAUCGACGAGGCCUUGGAGCCGCACAACCUUUGCUCGUUUGGCUACUGGAAACCGUAUGCAGGUGAGACAGAGAGAAACGGAGACGCAAGGAAAGAGAAACGAAGACUGA